AUGUCAUAUCAAUAUGACCAACAACAUAUUAAUAAUGAAUCUAUGACCCAUACACCAAACAGAUCAAGACCAAUCUUUGGUCAUACUAAUAUACCAAUUACUCCAAUAAGAAGUACUCAAUCGCCAACUACCCCUUUAAGACCAAAUAGUGGUAAUAAUAAUAAUAAUAACAACAAUGGAACUAAUAAUAAUAAUAAUAAUAAUGAAACUUCUGGUAAUAAUUUAAAUUUUAAUCAUCAUCUUAAACCAAAUGGCGUUAAAUUUGGAGUUACAAAUCCAAAAAUAAUUACAACAGAUUCAAAUGGCUAUUCUACAAAUAUAAAUUCAAGAACUCCUUCAAAACCACCAUCAUCAUCAUCAUCAGGUAAUAGGCCAUUAACAGCAAGUCAAAGUUAUAUUAUGAAUGAAACAGUUGAAUAUCAAGAUGCUUUUGCCAAAGAAUCCAAUGAUAUUGCAAAUAAUAUUAAAACUCCAAAUAGGCCACAGCAUCAAUAUCAACAACCACAACAUUUUACAACACAACCAGUAUACCAACCAAGUUAUCAAUCAAAUUCAUAUGAUCACCAAAAUAAACAACAACAACAACAACAACAACAACAAUAUCAACACCAAAAUCAACAUCAAAAUCAAAAUGAACAUCAAAAUCAAAAUGAACAUCAUAAUGGUGUUGAUGUUGAAAAUAUACCACCUCCAUCAUCAUCUUCCUCAUCAUCACAACAAACACCAUAUAAUAGAAGUGAAGAAUAUAUAUUAGGUAUGGAAAGACAAUUAGCAUUUUAUAAAUCAUUAUUAAAGGAAAAAUCAAACUAUAAAUUUUCAAACACUCAAGCUAGUGGACAACCACCGCCACCAACAACAACCAAUAAUUAUACAACCACCACUACACAAAGAAGUUAUGGUUUAAAUCAACAACCAUCUUCACCACCAACAACAACAACAACAACAACAACAACAAAUGAAAAUCAACAACAAAAACAAUCAACAACUAAUAAUUUAAAAUCAACAACAGCAGCAACAACAUCAUCAGGAUAUUUUAUUGAUGAAAAUGAUUCAAUAAUUAAAAAGAGAUUAGAUGAAAUGACUGAUAAGAUUUAUUUACAAGAGGAAGAGAUUAGUGAUAAUUUGAAAACCAUUGAACAACAAAAUAAAACCAUCACUAGAUUAGAGAAAGAGAAAAAGAAAUUGAUAGAAUCAGAGAAUCAACUUUUUAGUGAUCUCAAUAGAGUUGAGAGAGAGAAACAAAUGAUACAGAAUGAUCGUGACAAUGCAAUUGAAAGCUUUGAGUUUAGUUCAUCCUCAUUUGCAGAGGAGAAAUCCAGAUUGGAUGAUCAAAUUAGACAAUUACAAAAUCAAGUCAAACAAAUGAAUCGUUCAUUGGAGGAAUGCAAUUCAACCAUUGAUGAAUGGGAUCAAGAGUAUCAAAAACUUCAAUCGGCCUACACCCAAUUGUCAAACCAAGAACAAAAAUACAAACAAGAGAUUAAUCAAAUCUCUGUGAUCUCUCAGGAUAUGAAUCAAUUGAAAUUGGAUUACGAUCAGUCAAUUCAACAAUCCAAUGAACUUUCAUUGGAACUAAAGGAAAAGAAUCAAAAAACCAAAGAGUUGAUAAAGGAAUGUGACGAUUUGAAAUUAAAGGUCUCUCAACAACAACAACAAUUCGAUCAAUUGACCAAUAAAUCUAAAAUGUACAUUGAAUAUAGGGAUAAACAAAUCAAUGAUCUCACAAAAACCACCGAUAGACAAAUUCAACAACUCAAUGAAAAGAUUCAACAACUCAACGAUAUCAUCAUUACAAAGGAUCAAUCAUUGGCAACUUGUAAUUUAGAACGUAAAAAACAACUCAACGAUUUCGCUUUAAACUAUAAAAAACUUCAAGAACAAUAUGAAAUUGUAGAUGUUGAUAAAUCACUUCAAAUCAAUGAAAAGGAUUCUCAAUUAAAUCAAGCAUUAAUUGAUUUAAAAUAUCUUCAUGAUUUAGUUGACAAAUUAAGUCCAGGUUUCUUUAAAAAUUUUCCAAAUAAUAGAAAUCAAUUACAACAACAACCACAACCACCAUCAACUCAACAAACCAGAAUUCCACCAAUUUCAACACAACAAACAAGUCAUGGUGGUGUAAGAGAUCCAUUUUCACCAUCUAGACAAGUACCUCAACCACAACCACAACCACAACCACAACCACAACCACAACCACAACCACAACCACAAUCAAAUAUUAAUAAUCCUCAAAGAAGGAAUUUAAAUGGAAAUAGUGGUAACAGUAGUAGUAGUAAUGGUGCAUUUUCAACAUCUCAACUUAGAACAAAUGGUGGUCCAACCUCAUCAAAUGGUCCAAAUACUCCAAACAGAAAUAUUGGUUUUGAUGGUAGAAUUAAUCAAAACCCUUCAACGGUAAGAAGAUAA